UUGCAAUUUCUGAGCAGUUCUGUCCAGGAGACUGCACCCAGGUUAUGACGGCUAAUCCCAAACCGAACAAAACAUUAAAGGUUAAGGAGGAGUCGGGAGAGAACUCCCCGGUGCUGAGCGACGAUGAACUCGUGUCGAUGUCGGUGCGGGAGCUGAACCAGCACCUGAGGGGCCUCUCGAAAGAGGAGGUGAUCCGCCUGAAGCAGCGGCGGCGCACGCUCAAGAACCGGGGCUACGCUGCCAGCUGCCGGAUCAAACGGGUGACCCAGAAGGAGGAGCUGGAGCGGCAGCGGGUCGAGCUGCAGCAGGAGGUGGAGAAGCUGGCCCAGGAAAACAGCAGCAUGAAGGUCGAGCUGGACGCCCUCCGCUCGAAGUACGAGGCGCUGCAGAGCUUUGCCCGCACAGUGGCCCGGGGCCCGAUCACCCCGGCCAAAGUUGCCGCCACCAGCGUCAUCACCAUCGUGAAGUCGGCGGACAUCUCUUCCAGUUCGGUGCCAUUUUCGGCGGCGUCCUAG